GUCCGAUGGAAGCGACGGAGGAGGAGGUGGAUGGGUUCGUGGCGGUGGCGAACAAGGUCGCCGACGCCGCCGGCGACGUCAUCCGCAAGUACUUCCGUCAGCCCUUCGACGUCCUCCACAAGGACGAUCUCAGUCCAGUGACGAUUGCUGACCGUGAUGCAGAGGAGUCUAUGGCCUCCAUCAUAUUGGAGAAGUUUCCUUCUCAUGCCAUUUUUGGGGAGGAAAAUGGUUGGAAGUGUAAGGAAGAGUCCGCUGAUUAUGUUUGGGUUUUGGAUCCUAUUGACGGAACUAAAAGCUUUAUUACAGGAAAACCUUUAUUUGGUACUCUGAUUGCGCUUCUACACAAAGGGAAACCAAUUGUUGGUGUUAUUGACCAACCAAUUUUGAAGGAAAGAUGGAUUGGGAUGAAUGGGAGAAGAACUACAUUGAAUGGACGAGAAAUUUCUACACGAGAGUGUAGCAAACUUUCCCAAGCCUAUUUGUAUACUACAAGUCCACAUCUCUUUAAUGGGGAGGCUGAGGAGGCUUUCGCUCGUGUGAGGAAUGAGGUGAAAGUACCAUUAUAUGGCUGUGACUGUUAUGCCUAUGCUCUUCUAGCAUCCGGUUUUGUGGAUCUUGUCGUUGAAUCUGGGCUUAAGCCCUAUGAUUUCCUUUCAUUGGUACCAGUAAUAGAAGGAGCUGGUGGAUCAAUCACCGACUGGAAUGGGAAUAAGCUUACUUGGGAGGCAUCUGCUGAUUCACGCGCAACAAGUUUCAAUGUGGCCGCUGCUGGAGAUCCUCAGCUGCACAAACAGGCAUUAGAGGUGCUACAAUGGAAAUAAUUGGUUACAAUUGUUGUAUCUCCAAAAUUAAGGUUAUAGUUAAGAAAAAUGAAUAAUGGUUGCACGCAACAUUUGUGAAAAUAUUCUGAAGUAAUAUUAUUAUUUACAAUAUCAGAGAAUGAGUUUGCA